AUGAAGAAACCAGAUGCUCCUACUAGAGCCAGAUGGUCCGUCGAGCCAGAUGCCUUACUACAACCAGCAAUAUCUCUCUAUUUCACAUCUGAUCACUUUCAUACUUUUGAUCAUCUUCUUCAUCGUUUCUUCACAAAGCCAAAGUUUGUCUUAGAGAUCAACAAGAGAAUCACCAUGCGAUCUUUACCUUCUUCCUCUUCUUGUUCUAAUUCUUCAUCGAGUUUGAGCAACAGACUUGAGACCAUCUUCAAGAAAGCUUCCCAUCUUUCCAUUCUCUGUGACAUUGAAGUUUGCGUCAUCCAUUAUGGACCAGACGGAGAACUUCAGACAUGGCCUAAGGAGAAAUCGAAAGUAAGAGAUAUGGCUCUGAGGUAUAGUCAAUUAAACAAAGCCUUGAGACGCAAGAAAAGUGUUAAUCUUGAUGGGUUCCUGAACGAGAAAAGGCUCAAGGGUUUGGAGAAUCUGAACAAGAAGAGGAAGACAACGAGUGAUCUUGAGAGGAAGCCUGUGGAUGUAUUAAAGUAUCCAAUCUCUGAUCAUUACUCUCCCAACCAAAUCUCCAAACUGAUCCAGUCCUUGGAACUCAAUGUCUCCAAACUACAAGAAAGGCUUCGCUUUGUUGAGUCGCAGAAACUUCAGAGUUUAGCAUCAUCCUCUCUGAAUCAUCAGACCCAAUCUUUGAACCCUAGCCAGUUCUCGCUCUUUAUGUAUAACCAUGGAAAUAAUACUAUCUCUCAGAUCCCAGUCUCUGCAUCAAAUAUCAAUCAGGAUUUCUCAGCGUUACUUCAAGAAUCUCAGUUGAAGAAUCAAAUAAUAAAGCAGGAGCUUUGUGGUUAUGAUCAGAACACGAGCAUAAGUGACAUCACCAAUAACAGCUUUCAACAUCCUUGCGUCUCAAACAAAGAACAUUACUCGGCGGUACAAGAAUCUGUGGAUAACUUUGGGUCGAUGAAUCAGUUGAUGCAGAAGGAUUACUUUUAUGGUGGUUAUCAAAACCUAUCUACGAGUGAUAUUACCUACAGAAACUUUCCAGAUCCUAGUCUCUCAAACACAGUUUCAUAUGAGUUCUGUUCUAACACUUGUGGUAAUAACACUGGAUUCUCUCAAGAUAUGGGUUCAAGCUAUGAUGAGAGCAGUUUACUUCAUGCGACAUCUACUCUACCAUCUCUCUGCAACAACUCGAGAUUUGUCUGA